UGUAGAUCUCAAAAAGUUUAACGGCAAUCUGACAGUUGCUCCGAUACCAGUGUACAUGAGGCAAAGGCCCUUUAACUCGGAUGUCGUUCCCCACUACAGAUACAUACACAGUAGGCGCAGUCUACAAGCAUGUUGACUCAAUGCGCGCUCUACCUAGGCAUUGCAGAACGCGCCACUCUGACCUUCUCAAUCUCUCUUCUGCACGGAUCGAAACAUUUGCAUCCCCAGCGUAUCACUGAUCUGGUGAAGAUACAACAGCCAAAGUGCUUGCAACAUGAAGCCAUCGUCUCCAUCGAUUGGACACCUCCUGGGCCUGUGUGCGUCCUUGGCACAUACAUUAGAGGCGUCUGCGGCAUCUAACAAUACUUGCUGCGAAGCGCUGGAGCGCACGGGAUCUGCUCAUGUCCUCUAUCCCAACGACGAGCAAUAUCGCAACCGCACUUCAUCAUACUGGUCGGUCAGUGCGCAACUAAGUCCCAGUUGUAUUGUGCAACCUGUAUCUACAGAAGAAGUCAGCGAGACAGUGAAGACUCUCGUGACAGAUGUAGGCUGCCAGCAAGAUCAAUUCGCGGUUCGAAGCGGCGGCCACACCACGUGGGCCGGUUCAAACAACAUCAACGGAGGCGUGACGGUUGACCUUGGCCUGAUGAAUACAACUGUACUUGACGCUAAGACUAAGGUUGCAUCCAUACAGCCGGGAUCUCGGUGGAAUCAGGUGUACGCAACACUGGAUCCUCAAGGUUUCACCGUGGCUGGUGGUCGAGCUGGAAGCGUAGGUGUAGCGGGAUUUUUGACCGGAGGUGGGAACUCUUUCUACACGGCUCAACAAGGAUUCGCAUGUGACAAUGUCAAAAACUUUGAGGUUGUACUUGCAUCCGGAGAGGUCGUCAACGCAAACGCCGAUGACAACAGUGACCUAUUUCAGGUACUGAAGGGUGGUUCAGGAACCAAUUUCGGUAUCGUUACGCGAUUCGAUGUGCAAGCUUUCGAAGCUGGCAGCCUAUGGGGUGGCACGAUGGUUUACGCAAAGUCAGCCGGCCAGCAAUUCGUCGAUGCAUAUCAUGCGUGGACGGACAACGUCAACAACUACCGGGAAGGGUCUUCAAUAAUCUUCUGGAGUUACUUGCCUGCCAUGAACGAUAUCGUCAUUCUCACAGCAUAUGAAGAUACUGCUGGCAACGUAGCGCCACCAGGAUUCGAUCAGUUCAUGGCAAUUCCGGAUGCUGUAGCCUCAACCAUGAGAAUUGCAAGUCACAAGGAGUUAACAGACGAGCUCGAGCAACCAGCGGGUUACCAUGAUAUUUGGUACACGUUCACGUUCAAGAACGACGUCCGCAUCUAUCAGAAGAUCGUUGAACUCCACGAGCAGUUCGUUAACGAGUGGAAAGCUGAGACUCCUGACCCCGACUUCAUUACUCAGUGCAUGUUCCAGUCGAUUGCGACAAGCUUCUCCGAGCAAAGCAUUGCAAAAGGAGGCAAUGUUCUUGGGUUGGACAAAGAGACUGACAAUGUUGUCAUGCUUUUGUAUGACAUUGCUGUCAAGACACCAGAGCUUGAAACACUCGCAAGGACAAAGCUGCAAGCCUCUGCAAAGGCGAUGAAAGAGUACGCGGCGAGCUUGGACGGACUUGUUGAUUUCGCUUAUCUCAAUUAUGCAGACGGUUCCCAGGAUCCUCUAGGAAGCUACGGCCCAGCGAAUGUAGCCAAGAUACGAGCCGCAGCAGCAAAGUACGAUCCUAAACAAAUCUUUCAGACUCGAGCUCCAGGAGGCUUUAAGAUUUCGAAAACUGGACAGCCUCUAAGCAAAACAGAGCUGUGAUUUAUUGGAUGCUUCGAUCCAGAUUAAAGUCGAAAAGUAAAAGCUUUGAGGAGAAUGGAAAAAAGUUAUUGUAUCUACUCAAUCAUGAAUACCUAUCUACCAGCGGC